GUCGUGCUGGGCGCUGGAGCCGCAGCAGUCAUGGCAAACUUGCUUCAGAUUGUGUGUGACCACUGGGUUCACAUACUUGUACCUAUGGGCUUUGUCUUUGGAUGUUAUCUAGACAGAAAGAAUAAUGAAAAGCUAACAGCCUUCCGGAACAAGAGUAUUUUAUUUAAAAGGGAAUUGAGGCCUAAUGAAGAAGUUACCUGGAAGUAA